AUGAACGCUAUUCGUCAAACUCAAGCGCUCAACAAGCGCGAACUUGAAAAUGCAGUCCCACCUGAAGCUUCCUGGCACGCAGAUUAUCGGGAUACGGCAUAUAUUUACAUCGGGGGCCUGCCAUUCGAUCUCUCAGAAGGCGACAUUAUAACAAUAUUUUCACAGUACGGAGAGCCAGUACAUGUGGAUUUGAUACGGGACAAAGAAACCGGGAAGAGUCGAGGGUUCGCGUUCCUGAAAUAUGAGGACCAGCGCAGUACAGACUUGGCUGUAGAUAAUUUGACCGGGGCGACAGUCUUGGGCAGGGUGCUUCGAGUGGACCAUGCGAGAUACAAGAAACGUGACAACGAAGAAGACGAGGAUAACGUUGCGAAACUAAUGGGCGAGACUACUGGUCGGAACGCAAGGGAUGAGGAUACUGAUGACGAAGGAAGACGCAAGAAGCGAAGGUCCAGUGAAUCCAGAGAGGAUGAGGCGCGGAGUAGGCCCCUGCUCAAGGAAGAGAGAGAACUUCAGGAGUUGAUGAUGAACCAUGACGACGAGGACCCUAUGAAAGAAUAUCUCAUUGAAGAGAAGAAGGAGGAAGUCGCGCGAGCUCUUGAACGGUUGAACAAGGAGAAAAGGCAUUCUCGCAGGCGAGAUUCAAGUCGGGAGCGAUCGAGCCGCCAUCACCGCCAUCGUCAUCACCGUCACCGAGAUGAGGAUCGAUCUCGUUCUCGGGAACGGAGGCAUCGCCGUGACCGGUCAUUAUCCAGAGAGGAGCGUGCCCACAGAGACAGAUCGUUAUCGCGGAGAGAAAAAUCUCACAAGGAGAGAUCGCCUGUGCGCUCCCGAUCCCCAGUACCACGAAGGGAUCGUGAAAGAGACGAUCGUCGACGUUGA